AUGAUUAACCCGCCAGGACUGGCUUCUGGACGUCCCAGUGCUCGUCAAACGAAGGAAAAUACCCUUGCUGUCCACGAAUACCUCCUGGUUCAUGACUACCCGCGGCCAGUGCUUGCUGAUGGUAAGCCGCCGACUCAAUCGGAGUUUAAAGAGAUAUUUGCGUUUAUAUACCGCACCAUUGAGCCGCUGUUUCACUAUACCUCGAAUGCCAACCCGGAACAAGACAUAUUUCUGGUGUUACGGCUCCACCACUACCCGCAACUCGGGCAAUUAACCCUGAUGCACAUGCGGCUGGUGGGGCUGUUGACGCUGUGGCCGGUGGUGGUGGCGAUGCUCCGGUGGCUUUGCGACUGGGCCCAAAUGGUGCUGGAGGUGGAGACUCCCGUGCUCGACGACGGCAUGCCAUGGUACAUGUGUCCCCAGGACAUCUACGACCGGCUCUUGAUCCGGUACUUCUUUACCUGGUACCAGGCCGCGCUUGCCGGCGAUGAUGGUCGCCACCACGAGAUUAAACAGGCGCUUGUCGAAGACUACCGCCACCUGGAGGCCGCCAACGACGCUGCUGCUGCGGCUAAGGAGGCUAAGGCUAAAGAGCUCAUUGACGAAACGGCAAGACUUCAACAGCUCCACCAACUGUACCUUAAUGCUCGUCAAGUGGCGACACUGUUAGAAGUGGACCGAGAAAAGCUCACCAAGUACUGCGAUGAGCUCAGGCACAAGACCGACGCCUACCCUGCCCGUCUAGAUGAACUUCGCGCAAUUGCUCAGCAGUUACUGAAUGAAAUCAAAGACGCGGCGUUACGCAAGAGCCAGCUCCGCCAGGACCUUAGUGCUCGCGACGCUCUGCCCGACCAGGUGGCUAAACUCCACGCCCGCAAGCUGGCGCUCCAGGAACAGCUUCGCCUGGCUCGGGAAACCCGCGAGCGGGCUCGCGAGGACCUGGAGUUGGAGUUUCAACGCAUGGAGGAAGAGUACGCCGCCAUUGAUGCCCUGGUGCACGCCUACAACAGCCAGUGUGCCCACCUUAAUCUCGAAGGGUGUUCCCUUUCAAUCAACCCCCAGAUCUUGACUACCGGUUCCGGCAGCGUGUUUACCGAUAACCGCGACCCUGAAAGCGAGUGCAACUUCAUCGGUGCGGCCAUGAACCCCCUUCGCAGCGAAGUACGGCGCUACCGUGACUCUACGGAUGCCACUACUGACCAGCUCGACCGCCUCCGCGCUGAGUGUGACCUGAUGUCUCGCCACACCAGUAUGCUUCAGGAGAAAGCCAAUGCGGCUCAGGCUCAACUUGAUAUGGAAAAGCACAAGGGCGAGGAAGAAGUGCGGCUGGUGGCUCAAGGACGUGACGAAAAACGAGUGGAACGAGAGCAGUUGGUGGCCACAAUGAGACUGAGACUCGAGGCAGCGCGUCGUCGCUAUGCUGAUGCUGAACAUCGUCUAGAGAGCCAGCGACAGGCGUUGGAAGCCGAGGCACAAACUACACGUGACCAGUAUAUGGAAGCAGUCAAUUUCAUCACCAAGGAGGUGACAAACCACCGGGAAAUGGCCGCUAAGAUGCUUGAAGACGUCGAUGAGGCAGUUAAAGAGAGUGGUCCUCCUGUGCCCUCUUGA